UGUGGUAAACAAACGGUCGCUGCAGUCGCUCAGCUGUGGCGUGGUCGAGGACCGCAAACGUGACAUGGCCUUUCAAAAGAAUGCCACCAAACUCAUCCGGCCGGUAGAUGGGGGCAGUUCAGAGCCGGGCAUGUUGGGACAGCAAAGUUCGGACCACCCCCCUGAUGGGCCGGGGGCUUCCCGUUGGUGGGUUCCUGGGUGAGGUGUCAGAUUUCCCAGCGGAGCCUGAAGGCAACACAUGAGUGGCAGGAGGCGCAUUCCUCUGCUAAACCAAGUGAAGGGAAAAGUGUGUCACGUGAGUUGUCUGAGGACAAUAACUGCCACAUUGGUGGAAAGUUUCUGGUUUCGUGGUGCUGUUUGGACGGCGGGGGACGAUGUCCGAGCAGAAGGAGAACUUGGAGCGACGCGAGAGGAACCCCAGAGCGGUGUGCUCGGUGUGCAAACGUCUGUACCGCGAGCCCAAGCUCCUGCCGUGUCUGCACACCUUCUGCCUGGACUGCAUCUCCCUGCUGGAGCCCUUCUCCGUGAAGGCGGAAGAGCCGGCUGUCAAGGCGGAGACGCUCACUGUUCUCUGUCCCGACUGUGACUCGGAAGUGGACAUUCCUCCGUCUGGGCCCGGCGGGCUCUGCACCGACCACCUGGCUCUGGACGACGUCUUCCUGGAGACGCUUGUGACGGACGGGCCGCUGGGGUGCGACCUCUGCGGGGAGGGAGGAGCGGAGGGCCGCUGUGAGGUGUGCUGCGUUAACCUGUGCGAGUUCUGCUGCCAAGCCCACAGGCGACAGAGACGAACAGCGUCUCACUCGAUCCAGUCGCUGGCUGACCUGAAGUCCAGAGGUCGCCUCUGCCGCCCCAUCCUCUGCUCCCUCCACCCGGGCCAGGAGCUUCGGCUCUUCUGCCAGACCUGCGAUUUGCCAGUCUGUCUGGACUGUGCCGGCACGCUGCACUGCGAUCACCGCUGCUGUCCGGUGCAUGAAGUCAUCGAUCGCCACGGAGACCGCAUCAGAGAGCUGGUCACGGGGCACCUCCGACCCCAGCUGGAGGGGCUGGAGCAAGCCCUGGAGAAGGUGGAAGUGUCCCAGCAGGCUUUGCAGGCGCGUGUUGAGUCGACAGCCAAUGAGGUGAGGGCGUUUGCGCGCGGGUACGCCAGCGCGGUGGAGGCUCACUGCCUGUCGCUGCUUCGUCGGCUGGAGGAGAUCAGACUCCAGCGCAGGAACCAGCUCCACCUGCAGAGGGCGCAGUUGCAACAGGCUCUGUCGGACGUCAAAGGCGGGGUAGAGUUCGCUGAGAGGCUGCUGAGCGCUGGCUCGGAUGCAGAGAUCCUCAGUGCCAAAGGAGUGACCCUGAAGCGACUUACCAGUCUGGUGGAGAGCAGCUUCGACUCUCACCUGGCCGCGCUCUCACCUGAAGAGGUCAGCUGCAUCGGCUUCUCCCCCUCGGAGCCUGCAGGGGAGGUGGAGGGCUACCCCAUGGUGGGGGCGGUCCACCACAGGACGCUGGACCUCAGCAAGUGCACUGUGGAAGGAGAAGGACUGCGGCAGGGCACGGAGCGUCAGCAGGGUCGCUUCACUCUGGUGCUCAGAGACUCCUCUGGGGAGCAGAUGGCACGAGGCGGAGAGCACAUCUUAGUCAGCAUCGCUCACAGCCAGAAGAAGAACUGCACCGUCCAGACCUCCCUGGUGGACCACGAGGACGGGUCCUACACGGUGUCCUACACACCGCUGGAGCCUGGUGUCUACUCUGUCUGGGUUUGUGUUAAAACCCAACAUGUCAAGGGGUCUCCCUUCAUCCUCAACGUAAAGCCGAAGUCGAGGAGCCACACUGGGGUGUUUCACUGCUGCUCCUUCUGCUCCAGUGGAGGGAACAAAGAGGCCCGAUGUGGAUGUCCUGGAACCAUGCCAGGAGGAUUCAAAGGCUGCGGCCACAGCCACAAGGGUCACCCUGGUAAACCUCACUGGUCCUGCUGCGGCGGCACGCUGGAGAGGUCCGACUGUCUUCCUGCGAGUGUGCUGGCUGCAGUUUCUCCUCGUGGUCACCUGCGCACCGCAGAGUUGUGAUGGAAGGUGAAAUGAAAGAAGUCCGGAUUUCAAUGGUUGGAACUGAAAUCCAGUUCAGGAGGAAUGUUGUUGUCAGAGCUUUCUGCUGCCAUGGAAACGGUGGUGAUGGUACUGAUGCUGACUAGAUAGUGAGCUGGUACGAAGUGCCAUGUCAUUUACGUGCCUUUUUUCCUUCAAACACUUUGACUGAAACUGAACUCAGACUGAACUUUCUGGCCAUAAAACCAUGAAGAGAAAUUUGUAGCCGAUAAUCAAUGAUCAAAACAAUCUAGCAUCUGUAUUUACAAUUAUUCCCGCUCAAUUAAGGAUUUUAAAGGUGUCUUUUCUCAGUGGUUUUUCCCUCCUGCGCGACCUGAGGGUGUGUUUUAUGUGAACGGUAGCCUGUCAAUCUCAUGCUAAAAUAUACAGCUGUUCCUCUCCAGAGGUUUUACACCACUGACCUUCCACACUGCCGCUGCUGUGGAUUUCCUCUGUUGGAUUCACUUGUUUUUCUUGCUGCAGGAAAAAUGAUUUAGUGUGAUGACAGCUGUCGAGAUUUGUGAGCCGAACAUAUCAAAACGUCGGAAAGUCUGGAAACGUUCCUGCUGUUUUGAAAUGUUGCUGUUCCGCUGGGGAACCGAUCAAAUUAGUUUUCAUUCAACGUUCUUCAUUUUGAGCGUGAUAAAAAUGAUUUGAAAAUAAUAAAUAUUCAUGUUGAAAAGUUACUAUUAUUUAGCAUUUCCUUUAUUUAUUUUUCAUUUAGUAUUGAUAUCUUUCUCUGGCAGUUUUUUGUUUUGUUUAGUUUUUCUCAUGUGAAAUGGUCAGUUUUUAUUUACAGUAAAUACCAAAAUUACUGUUUGUUUGUUUUUUAAUCACUGACAAUGGUAAUCAAAUAUUGAACAAAAAAUGUUUUGUCCUGAAAUAUUUCUAAUAAAUAUUGUGGUUAAUCACUGUAUCAUUGUUUGCAGGGUUUAUCUGUAUCAUAUUUGACACCAGAAUGAUGAAGUUGAAUCUGUGCACAGGAGCUUAAACAUCAGGGUGGAAGUGUCCCAGUGAAAAAGGUUUUCUAUGCUUCAGUUCAGAACUUUAUAAGUGAAAAAGUUCUGUCCGUCAGUGUGCUCAAAACAUGUUUUGGUUAUGACGUCACACCACAUAAUGCGCUGUACAUAAUGCAUGGAAAUUGUUCCCAGCUAUAGAAAGUUUACAUAUAUUUGAAUUAGGGGUGGGAUUUGAUUUAAAAAUUAUCUAGUUAAUUUGAGAAGUUUGAUUAAUUGAUCGCAGUUUAAUUUGUGACAAUAAAUGUCUUGACAAUA